AUGCAAACUGUAAAAGAAACAGUUUAAGCUAUAUGUAACAUCUUGUAAGCAUUUGGGAUCAAUAACAUCGAUCCAAAUGUUUUUAGAUAAGCAAAACAUAAUCUUUCCGAAGCAAUUAAACCGAUCUCAAGCAUAAUGCAUAAUUUACUCAUAUUAGAUUUAUUUGAUUUUGAAUAUAAAUUAAAUGAGAUUACCAAUACCCAUGCAGAUCCAGAUGGCCUGGAAAUUAUCUUGCUUGCUUUAAGAAAUUCCCCUUUUAUCAUAUAUAAAAAUGGAAAGCCAGGGAUGGAUUAUUCAUCAAGUAGAGAUUUGCUCCUAGUUGUUGGAUAAUUAUUGGCAGAAUCAGAUAUUUUUGACAAAUACAAAAAGCUAAUCGAAAAAAAAGUGGCUAAUUUAAAAAUAAAAUUAGUAAAUAAGCCUAAAGAACAAGAUAAUGAGAUUCCAGCACUCAAAUUUGUAAGUGAAGGUAGUUAAGUCAAGGAUUUUGAAAAUCUAAAUAGAAUAAUUAGACAUUAAUUCAAACAACUCUCUUGUCUAUUUAAAAGGAAAGAAGCCCAAUAAAACCAGAUUGAUAAAAUAGUAUAAUAAAUGAAUUUAAAGGAUUUUACAGUGGAUCAAUUGCUUAGUCUAUCGGAUCCAGAUUAAUUAAAUGAAAUUACAGCAAAUUUAAAAGAGAUUAUCUAAUUUUUAGAAUUUGAAACUUCAAUGCAUAGACAUUAAGAAAUAUUUUGGGCAUGGUUGGUAAGAAGUGAUGUUAUUUAGGAAAGCACAGUCGAUGAAGACAAAAAGGAUGUCAGAGAUCAUGCAGACUAUGGAUUUCCAGAUGAAACUAUAAUUUUUAGUCCAGGGUAAUAGAUGAUUAAAUUAAUUGAACACACUUAAACGAAGCUUCAAUAAUUAAGUGAUUAAUUUGAACUAUUUGAAUCUAUUUCCUCUUAAUUUGAAGAUGUUUGGGAGAAAGUCUCUUAAUUAUUGAAGGAAGACCCAGGUUCAGAAUAAAAACUAUAAUAAUUACAAUUACAAAUUCAUAAAAUUGUGGCUUAGAACAACAUCAAAUUAAUGUCAUUGAAAACAUUCAAAGAAUAAGUGUUCUCUGAAAAAGAUCUGCUAUAUUGUUAGGCUAACGAUUUCAUUAAAUAUGCUAUCAAACACAACUUUGCUUAAAAUUCAAAUCAUAAUGAAAGUAAUGGAUUUGAAUAGAAAAUAACCUACCAAUAAGAACACUUUGCAUAAAGGAUUGAGCAAUUGCAUUAGUAUAUAGAAGAUGAAGCAGGAAGAAUCAAGGUUCAUCUUAAAGAACUAGUAUUUUAUCCAUUAAAAUGA